CUAAUUAGGAUCCAGCUGCUUUUCAUAAAAUUACCCGGAAGUGUGACACAAUGAGCUGAGGACGGUACUGAGGAACAAAUGGAGUUUGAUGAAGUUGCAGUUUAUUUCACGGAGGAGGAGUGGAGCUGUUUAACUGAAGAACAAAAAGAGCUUUAUAAGGAUGUGAUGAUGGAGAAUUACCAGACCCUCAGGUCUCUAGGAUAUGCUUAUGUGAAGCCGUCUCUAGUUACAAGGAUUGAGCGGGGUGAGGAGCCGUAUGUAUGUGGCAUCUUGCAGAUCCCUCAUGAGGAACCUCACAUAAACAGUAAUGAUAAAACCAUGAGUUGGGAUAUUCCUAAUCAAGUACAGAGUGCAAAUGUACACUUCCGUCUCUUUAAUUAUCAUCGAAAACUUGAGAGGAAGAAAUCAUUUUCAUCUUCUGAAUGUAAAAAACUGUUCACCAAGGAAUCAAGACGUAUUGUGCAUUCUGGUUAUGGAAAAUUUGUUACCCGCAAAUCAAGUCUUAUUAUUAAUAAGAAAUUUCAUACCGGAGAAAAAUCAUUUUCAUGUUCAGAAUGUGGGAAGUGUUUUACCCUGAAAACAAGUCUUCUUAGACACCAGAAAAAACACACAGGAAAAAAAACAUUUUCAUGUCCUGAUUGUGGGAAAUGUUUUACCCUGAAAACAGGUCUUCUUAGACACCAGAAAAAACACACAGGAGAAAAACCAUUUUCAUGUCUCGAUUGUGUGAAAUGUUUUACCCAGAAAAUUAGUCUUGAUAGACACCAGAAAAUUCAUACAGGAGAGAAACCAUUUUCAUGCUCAGAAUGUGGAAAGAGUUUUAUACAGCGCUCAAGUAUGAUUGCUCAUCAGAAAACUCAUACAUCAGAGAAAGCAUUUUCAUGUUCUGAAUGUGGGAAAUGUUUUUACCAGAAACCAAGUCUUAUUAAACAUCAGAAAAAUCAUACAGGACAGAAAACCAUCUCAUGCUCUGAAUGUGGGAAACGUUUUACUCAGAAAUCAUCUCUUAUUAGACAUCUGAACAUUCAUACAGGAGAGAAAGCAUUUUCAUGUUCUGAAUGUGGAAAAUGUUUUUACCAGAAAUCAAGUCUUGUUAAUCAUCAGAAGAUUCAUACAGGAGAGAAAGCAUUUUCAUGUUUUAUAUGUGGGAAAUGUUUUACCCUUAAAUCAAGUCUUAUUACUCACCAGAAAAUUCAUACAGGAGACAAAGCAUUUUCGUGUUCUGAAUGUGGGAAAUGUUUUUACCAGAGAUCAAGUCUUAUUUAUCAUCAGAAAAAUCAUACAGGAGAUAAUUUUUUAUGUUCUCAAUGUGGAAAAUGUUUUACCUAUAAGUCAACUCUUAUUACUCACCAGAAAAUUCAUACAGGCGAAAAAGAUUUUUCAUGUUCUGAAUGUGGAAAAUGUUUUACAGAUAAAUCACAUCUUUUGACUCAUCAGAAAAUUCAUACUGGAGAGAAAGCAUUUUCAUGUAUUGAAUGUGGGAAAUGUUUUACCAAGAAAUCAAGUCUUAAUUCUCACCAGAAAAUUCACACAGGAGAAAAAGAAUUUUCAUGUUCUGACUGUGGGAAAUAUUUUAGACAGAAAUCAACUCUUCUUACUCAUCAGAAAAUUCAUAAAGGAGAGAAAGUAUUUUCAUGUUCUGAAUGUGGGAAAUGUUUUACCUUGAAAUCAGCUCUUAUUAGACAUCAGAAUAUUCAUACAGGUGAGAAAGAAUUUUCAUGUUUUGAAUGUGGGAAAUGUUUUACCAAGAAAUCUUCUCUUACUAAUCAUCAGAAAAUUCAUACAGGAGAGAAAGUAUUUUCAUGUUCUGAAUGUGGAAAGUGUUUUACGAAGGAAUCACAUCUUAUUAUACAUAAGAAAAUUCAUAUAGGAGAGACAGGAUUUUCGUGCUCUGAAUGUGGGAAAUGUUUUACCAAGAAAGCAGCUCUUAUUAAUCAUCAAAAAAUUCAUACAGGAAAGAAAGUGUUUUCAUGUUCUGAAUGUGGGAAAUGUUUUACCAAGAAAUCGCAUCUUAUUAGACAUCAGACAUUUCAUACAGGAGAGAAAGCAUUUUCAUGUUCUGAAUGUGGGAAAUGUUUUACUCAGAAAUCGCAUCUGAUUACUCAUCAGAAAAUUCAUACCGGAGAGAUAGUAUUUUCGUGUUCUGAAUGUGGGAAAUCUUUUACUAAGAAAUCACAUAUUAUUAAACAUCAGAAAAUUCAUAUAGGAGAGAAAGGAUUUUCAUGUUCUGAAUGUGGGAAAUGUUUUACCAAGAAAUCAAAUCUUACUAGACAUCAGAAAAUUCAUACAUAAGAAAAAGUUUUAUCACGUUCUGAAUGUGGUAACACUUCUCACUGGAAUUUAGAACUAAAUGAUAAUAUAGCAGGAAACAGUUUAAGACAGGAGCUCCAACUAUAAACUCAAUAAGCUCUCUUUCUGCUUAUCCAAGUGUGAACUCGAAGCAGCACUAGUCCAUAGCGUAGCUCGACCCUGCACUAAGAAAUAGUACACAAAUAAAGAAGUGGAUGGUAAAAAAUAUUAACUUGGCCGACAUUUUUUUAAUGUGCCCUAUACUUUUAAUAAAUAGCUUAAGGAUCGCAAUCAGCUCUCAUAUUACAAGUGAUGAGUUAAGUGUUGCGCUUGACACAAAAUAGUACUGCAAAAUGUAGAACGUUUGGAGAUCGGAAUUAACGUUUUAACGCUUGAAUAUAUAUACAACAAAACAGAUUUAGAGCACCUGUGUAAUCCGAAAUUCAGAUUUUAGCGAACCCUAGUGCUUUUGCUUGAGCACUAAAGUAUUGGUUUUAACUUGUAAUAUGACCAAAAAAUAAACAUGCUAUUGGUAUCUAGCCCUUUUAUGUUAAAUACAAAAUUCCAUUUUCUGGCCAUUCAGGUGUUGUUGUUUUUUGUUUUGUUUUUUGCUUCCUGAUAUUUCCCAUUGCCUCUGUGUCUCCAGACUGCUGAUUGGUGGCUAUAUUUCAUAUCUUCAUGACUCCUUAUUCCCAUAUGCUUACAAGAAUACACUAAACAUCUAAACUUAGUGUGCUAGAUUACAAGUAAGCGCUAAUUCUGCUCAAGUUAAAUCAAUGCCACCCCUAUUCUUGCGCUUAUAUUCCAAGUUGAAAGUAAAAGGUUUAGUGUGUAUGCAAAAUAUUGAGGACAGAUAGUGUGGCCACACUAACUCCCUUUCCCCAUGGAUUUCUAUGGGGUGUGCUAUAAAAGCCUCUUCUGGUUUUCACUCUCGUGCUAGAACAACUGCGCUAAAGCCAAAGUACAUUAAGAACACUUCAAAUACCUAUGUUCUUUACUUAGAAGAAAAUGUUCUUUUUAAUUUAUAUAUAUAUAUAUAAAUAUAAAUCUAUCAAUAUGGAUCUAUAAAUAUCUAUAUAUGUGUGUGUGUGUAUGUGUGCACAUACAUAUUUGCACAUAAAUACACAAGUAUACAUACAAAUAUAUGUACACUUUUGAGCCCUUCCCUGUCAAACACCUUGCAAUAUACCAUAUCUCUUUUAAACUCUUUUUAUACAUUUAUGUUAAAGGGACACUCAAGUCAAAAUAUUUACACUUUUUGAGUCACCUGCUCCUACUGAGCAUGUGCAAGAAUUCACAGAAUAAAUAUAUAUGCAUUUGUGAUUGGCUGAUGGCUGUCACAUAGUACGUGUAUGCAUUUGUGAUUGGCUGAUGCUUGUCACAUGAUACAGGGGGAGUGGAAAUAGACAUAACUGAAAUUUGUCAGAAAAAAAUCUACUACUCAUUUGAAGUUCAGACUAAGGGCUAUUGUAUUGUCUUUUAUCAUGUGUUGUUUUGCAAAUCUACUGUAUUUACUGGUCAAGAUGUGUGUGUAUAUAAAUAUGAGGUUAAUGCUUUAUUUUAAAGUGUUUUGUGAAACUUUUAUUCUAGCCUUAGCCGUGCUAAAUGUUUUAGCGCUGUUUUGUGUUGGGCUCGAACCUUUCAACUUGUUAUAUGCGACGUUUGGUACAGCUGCAAUAUCCAUUAAAAGUAUAAGGUGCGAAAGAGAUAUCGGCCGCACUAUCCAAUGAAAGUAUAGGGUGCUAAAGAGAUGUCGGCCGCACUAUCCAAUGAAAGUAUAGGGCGCUAAAGAGAUGUCGGCCACACUAUCCAAUGAAAGUAUAGGGCGCUAAAGAGAUGUCGGCCGGACUAUCCAAUUAAAGUAUAGGGUGCUAAAGAUAUGUCGGCCAUACUAUCCAGUUAUUUAAACCGAUAAACCACCUUAGUUGGAGAUGUGGACGUCAAUAGUGGCAUGUGCCACAUGUAGUGGUGGUGUGAUGUCCUCAAAUAUCUUGAUUUUGGUUGUUUAUUAUGAAAGAAAUAGAACUGAUGUUGAAUAUAAAUCUUCCUUUAGACUCCCUCAUUUGAUUCCUUAACAAACGGCUGAAAAUUACUUCCACACCUGCGAGGAAACUGUUAUGAAAUAAUGUGAAAUACCUUUAAAUAUCUUAUAGUCGAAAAUUGGAAGUACAAAUAAAUCCCUACUAUCCAGAUGAGGAGGCACAAGGUAGCUGAGUUUGUUGACCUUAAAGAAUUCAGUUAAAAUAUAGAAAUGUAUCUGCAAAAUAUGAUUUCUGAUGUAAUAAUUGUUUUUUUUUUUGUAAUAUUUGUUUUACACCAAUGUAGUAUAUUUUAUGUUUACCUUCAAUAAAAAAACACCUUGAAAACCUUAAUUAAAGACAUAUUUGGAGAUUUUUAAGGAGCAAAUUAUAGACGAAACAUUUAGUGCAUAGGCCUUAAUUUAAUUUAAAAUAAUAUAUUUCCUCUUUCUUUACAAGAUACAAAUACAUUUAGUAUGAUUUAAAUAAAGUACUUAAAUAUGGAA